CGAGAGACGCAGGAACCAACACAUGUUGAUGAAACGCAAGUCGUCUCAUCUGGGAUGGCCCGGCGCAGGAUUUAAGCUUCAGUCGUCGCCAUCAUCCACACCACUUAUCCAAUAAAUACUGCACUCGACCGUAUAUUCCUAACUCUGUAGAAACCCAUUUGCCCGCAAUUAUGUCGUUCCUCAUCUCAACUGCCAACUUGACCAAAACGACGGGCAUUCCGCUCCCUGUAAGCAAAGCGACCGCCAUUGCCAUCCUGCACGACCACGACAUCUUCCUCAACACGGACCCCCACGUUGUGAAGUACACCAGCCUGGCCCCGGCGGUAGCCACCGACGUCGCCAAGGCCCGCGCAGAGUACAAGAUCCCCGCCGCCGUAGACCCCAUCGUGGGCACGCCCCCGGUAAGGGUGUACGAGAUGCUGGAUCAUGUGCCGAACCCUGUGUGGAGCAGCGAGGUGGUGAGUCGGGAAGAGUUGGUCAAUUAUGGGGAGGGGUUGUGGACCAGGGUUAAGAGUCCUAUGGGCGUCGUGAUGGAGACGUUUUGGUUUGCGCGGGAACGCAAGGAUGGCGGUUGUGAGUUGGUCCAGGAGGUUUGUGUCAGCUGUAAUCGCAUGUUGAUGGGACUGGUCAAAAGCCAGGUUGAAGAGAACUUUCAAGUUAUUCAUGAUAAACUCAUUGAAGCCAUGGUUAAGAAGCAGGGCGCUGCUUGAAGAGGACGGGGGAGAUGGACACGUUGGUUCAAGCCUGGGUAUUGCACGGCCAGUUUGGAAUCUCCGGAUGUAGUGGUAUUCGCGUCACACAUCCAACGCGCAAACCUCUGUUGCUUAGCUACGGACAGGAGCAUUGGAGCACCGCAACCACGGGUAUGGACGUAGUAGCUUCAGUUAAAGAGGUCAUGUUCAAGAUGCUUAAGAUUGUGUAUCGCUGAAGUAGAUCACUCCAUGUGUUCCAUACGUCUCAUAGCGGACAGCUGCCCACAAAUACACAUCCGCCGUAAGGG